CCAACGACGGCGAGUAAAAGAGCGAGGGAAAAGUGGAGAGGGAAGCGAAAGUCAGAAAGCCAGAUGAAACAGUUGGAUACGGAGGAGCGAGCAAACCAAAGACCAGACUAUUCUCUUUAAGAAAUGCCGCUGCACAAAUCAACCCGGGCACCUCGCCUGGACCCCACCAUGAUUUCGGCCCCACUGGGUGACUUUCGCCACACCAUGCACAUUGGGAGGGGAGGCGAUGUCUUUGGGGACACCUCCUUCCUGUCCACUCUUGGUCCGAGCUCUGCCAGCUCUGACCCCGGGAGUCCAGGGAUGACGGCAGCCGACGACCCUCAGGUGGCAGUCAACCACAAUGAUCUUUAUACAGACGCCCCAGGAAUCCCUCAGAACAACGAGCUUCAGCACUCUGAGUCUGUGUCAUCAUUUGACCUGGACCUGGACCUAGGCCCGUCUAUGCUGGGAGAUGUACUCGGGGUGAUGGACGGUUUGGGGCUGGACUCCGAUGCGGAGGAUGUGUUCAAUCCCAAAAGUAACACAUCCUUGGUGGAAACAAAUCAGGGAAAAGGGGCUGUGGAGAUGUCAGUGAACAUGCAGAACGAGCUGAAUGGGAAGACCUUGGUUGGGCUGGAUGGAAACCAGGUGGGAGACGGAAGGAUACCAGAUGGGAUCAAGCAGAAGGGGAUACGACCAAAAGUGCGAUUCAGUGACAAACGAGAGGAAAUCAUUCGGCAAGCAUCUGAAGAGGAAGAGGGUCAAGCGUUCGACUUCCAGGAUGAGGAUCAGUUGGCGUGUCGCAGUCCAACGAAGGGGGAGAGUGUAGUAAGUGGCGGUGAAACCGGCGUCACCAAUCAAAAAGUAGAGUUGCCACCUAGUCCGGCCUCGUCACACAGCUCAGAGUAUGAAGGAGUCACUCCAUUGGACAGGAGGAGGGUCGACAGCUGCCACUCAGAGACUGAUACAGAGGAGGAGGAGGAGGAGGAAGAGGAAGGACGGGGCUACACAUUUGAAGAUGAGUUUGAUGAUGAAAUUGGUCUAUAGGGGAUAGGUAGUUUUCUAAUAGUGCAUCAAGUAAACUGCAUUUUCUGAAACUCAUAAAUUGAGUAUCAUUUAAAUGUGAGGGGAAAACAGAAUAAACUGGAUUUUAAAAAAAGAUUCACAGUUCGACGAUGUUGCUCAACUGGAAAAAGCAUUUGUUUUAUCUGUAAGGGUAACAGAUAUGCAAUACUGUCAUCUUGAUAAGUGAAAGGUUUGUAGCACUUUGAUUUAUUUCAUCGACUUGGUUGUCUUGCUAUGGAACACUCAAUUAAUGAUGCUUGCAUUGUUAUUUUCUACGAUUUCUGCCAUCUGAAGUUCACACAUUGAACUUUGUUAUAGUGCCUUAAAGAGCGUUUUUCUUACAUUAUUGUACUAUAUUAAUGUCUUAAUUAUUUCUUUUAUUGCAUGUUAUAUUACAAACUGUCUUUUGAUGUUUAUUGCAUUUUAAUGAACUUUUUGGUUCCCAGAGACAGUCAGAAAAUAAAGUUAUCCUGUGUAUAAAUAAUUACUAUGAAUUUGUCACAUUCCAAGUCGACAGUGUGAGUUUCUCUGGUUCACAUCUGUUUUUAUUGUGCAGUUGUUUAAGUAACUAAAGCUUUUCUGUGGGCUGAGGGGCUGAAUAAUAUUACAACACUAAGAUAAUCAUGGGACUUAGAGGUCAAUUGUAAGUCAGGACCAGCAGUGUAUUUUGUACAUGUUUGCUUGUAUAAUGUAUUUUGAAAAAAAUAUUUUAUGUCAUAAUGCUGGAAAAAGGGAGAAACCAUUAUGCUCAUCCGUUUAAAAUGCUGGUUCAAACACAAUUGUUAUCAUGUGGUUUAAUAAGGAAUACAGAGACAACAAUAAAACAAUUAUUGGGAUUUUAAAAUAUU